AUGCGUUUCGCUGAUGCUUCUUUGGCGGCGGCGUGCCUUGUGCAGCUGUUCGCGACUACAUGGGGUUUACCGUCACCUGAUCAAUUGCUACCUAACUCUCCCGAAAUCGACAAUGGGUUCUCUGGUCCGCCACUGUCUGUAUAUGCACAACCUGCAUGGAGGAAGCGUCAAGCGACAACUGCUUCGACAUCUGCCUCUUCAUCAUCAUCUGGUACUUCUGUUUCCAGUUCAAGCAGCAGUAGCUCAAGUGGAUUAUACACAAACUCGACAAGUUCGAGCACCAUGAGCUCAACCAGCAGUUCUAUGACCUCUUCGGCGAACUCGACAACUUCAAGUAUGAUGAGCUCUUCGGCAAACUCGACAUCCUCAACAGCUUCGUCAACCACGUCGAGCUCGACAACCGCUUCAGCAUCGCCCACCACAGUCAAUGGUGUAACCUUUGACGUUCAAGACAACACAAUCUACAGUGGCACCAUGAUGAAUCCCACGAGAAAGCGAGCCGCAGACAGCGGAAUUGACAUGUGCUUGAACAAGUGUGCAAGCAACUCGACUUGUCAGGGAACGGCAUACGACAACAGCACUAUGACUUGCACUUAUUACAGCUCAGUCGACCGGUCCAGCCAAAUGACAAAGAACGGCACCACUUUUGCUCUGGUUGAGAAUCGUCCCAGCAACUCGACCAACAGCACUACAUCAUCUGCGCCAUCAUCAACCAUGACGAUGAGUUUGAACAGCACUUCUUCGUUGACUCGUUCCACAACAAGACGUAUGAAUACCACCUCGAGCCAUUCAAUGACUACCACUUCGAGUCGUUCAAUGACCAUGACUGCCAACACUACAAGUAUUCUGAGCCAUUCGUCAACCAUGUCGUCGAAUGCCACAUCUUCGACUUCAGCUACCCCUACCAACCUUGUUGGAGCACGAAGCUGCAAGCAAAUCGCUGCAGCUGGAAGCACCUUUACCGACUCCAACAAUGUCACGUACGCUGUCAUUUGUUCCAAAAUGCAAAAGAGAAUGCUUUUCGACGAGUCGGCAUUGUCUAUCAGAGCAGCCGGCGAUCUGGCUACCGUCCAAUCAGGAAGCUUUGAAGGCUGUGCUCCUUAUUGUGAUGCAAACUCACAGUGCAACUCUUAUAGCUACGAUCCCACCAACGGAACGUGCUAUCUAGAGAGCACAAGCAGCGUGACUCAACCCGUCGCUGGUCGAGACUAUGCCUACAAGGUACAGAGCACAACAUCCUCGAGUUCGACUUCGUCAACUUCAAGCUCGACUUCGACAUCUUCUAGUACCACCAGCAGUUCGAGUACCUCGUCAUCGUCGACUUCUGACUUUGUUCCUGAUGGGUACUCUAUAUCGAAAACCACGAUAUGCAACACUCCUACGGGAGCUUCGAUGAUAACUGCGUCAGCGACUUCGACCCCAUCAACCACAUCGUCGUCUUUUUUAUCCCUAAGUAGCUCGAGCGCCAGCUCGAGCACCCCGGUGUCUAGUACUUCAACUUCGUCUUUGUCUUCAAGCACUUCUUCGUCGACUUCCAGCUCAAGCACGUCAACAACAUCUUCGACGUCUUCAUCGCCGUCCUCGACGUCAUCAAGCACCUCGGCUACAGCUCAAGUCAGGAUCGCAACUGCAGUCCGCGUAGUAGCAGACAGAACCAGAACAGUCAACAGCGCAGCUCCAGCCGUGGCAACUGUAGUCUCUCAGCAAACCAGAGGUGCCGUUGUGACAUCUUACUCCAUCGUUUCCAGUGGAAGCACGAUCACCGUUGUCGACACAGCAACGAGUGUGCUUUCCAUCUACACAUCCACCAUGCAAGUGGCUUCUGUGCGACGAUCGACCGUCACCACAGUCCAAAGUGCUCAACCCUCUGUGGUUACCGUUGGCGCCGUGACGGUCACAACUGAUGUGGUUGUUCCCAGCGGCUACACUACAGUCACCGGCACGGUCACGCAAAACAGAGACAUCACGGUGGCUACAGGCGUGGCUACGGUGACGCAACCUGCAAGUACUGUUACUACUACUGUGGCUACACUCACCACUAGUGGAGCUUCUACUGUGACGUCGGGCAUCAGUACUGUGACGAUGAAUGCUGCUCCUAUAAGUUUCUUAACUGUUGUGCGAAGGGAGGAGAUGCCUUUGCAAGAGGACAAGACUGAGGCAAAGGAAGAUGAGAAGAAGAAGGGCGAGGAGAAAAAAGACAGACCCUGGUUUGCCUUUGACGGCAUGACUGAGAUGUGGAUGUGA